CUCCUUCUGAUAAUUGACAUUGACAUUGACACACUUAAAGCAUUCAUAUAUUGACAUUCAACAGCUGAUGGGCCCCUCUAAUGAAAGCGUUUGAAAAAGUACGAAUAAGAUGGAAAAAAAUGGGGCCCAAGAAUCGGAUAAUAAUGUUUGUACUUGUAAAGUAAUUAUUAUCGGUGCGGGCAUGGCAGGUCUUUCAGCAGCUUAUCAUUUAGCCAAAAAUAACUUCACUGACUUUAAAAUAUUAGAAGCUCGAAAAAGAAUAGGUGGACGUAUUGUUCAAAUACCUAUUGGAGCGGAAAAAGUUGAACUCGGGGCUAAUUGGAUUCAUGGGGUCUUAGGGAAUCCAGUGUAUGAAUUAGCCAUGCAACAUGGUUUGGUUGAUAUAAUGGCAUACCCAAAACCACAUAAAAUAGUAGCUGCUACCGAACAAGGAAAGCAAGUUCCAUUCGCUAUCUUAAGAGAAAUUUAUGAAGCCUAUUUGUGCUUUUUAAAACGUUGUGAAGAGUAUUUUAUCUCUCAGUAUUCGCCCCCUGAGGGUAUUGACAGUGUGGGUGAUCAUUUAAGGUUAGAAAUUAGUUUAUAUUUAGAUAAGAUUAAAGAUGAGGGAGAACGGCGUUUACGAGAAAGCAUCUUUGAAUGUCUGUUGAAAAGAGAGACAUGUAUUUCAGGCUGUGAUGAUAUGAAUGAAAUUGAUUUAUUGGAACUGGGAAGCUAUGAGGAAUUACAAGGAGGUAAUAUUGUGUUACCUAAUGGGUAUAGCUCUAUUCUAGAACCCUUGAAAAAUGCCAUACCAAAUGAGAAUCUUCUCUUAAACCAUCCAGUGAAAACUGUCAAAUGGAAUAUUAAGAAAAAUUGUAAUUCUACCUCACAACCUGAAGACAGUGAUUCAGAUGAUUCUGAUCGAACUGUUAUUGAGUCUUUACCAAAUUCAAAUAAUUGUAGUCGAGAAUCUAGCUGUGAAAAGACAUUAGAUAACAAGCCUCGAGUAGAGGUAAUCUGUGAUAAUGGCAAGAAAUUCUUGGGAGAACAUUUAAUUUGUACAUUACCACUAGGAGUACUCAAACAUACUGCAGUUAAUAUGUUUCAUCCACCUUUACCUGAUUUUAAAUUAGAAGCAAUAGAUAGGUUACUAUUUGGAACUGUAAAUAAAAUUUUAUUGGAAUACGAAAGGCCAUUUCUACAUCCUAAUAUCACAGAAGUGCUUUUACUUUGGAAUAAUGAAUCGGAUAAAACCUCCGAUAUUAGUAAAUACUGGUUUAAAAAAAUUUAUUCGUUUACUAAAAUAAGCGAAACAGUAAUAUUAGGAUGGAUAUCUGGUAAAGAGGCUGAAUAUAUGGAAACAUUGUCAAAUGACGUUAUUAUAGAAACAUGCACGAAAAUAUUGAGAAAAUUUCUCAAUGAUCCAUUUAUACCUAAACCAAAAGGUUGUAUAUGUACUGGUUGGCACAAACAACAGUAUACCAGAGGUUCAUAUACAGCAAUAGCAGUAGGCGCAUCACAAAUAGAUAUAGAAUAUCUAGCACAACCUAUAUUUGAUGAAGAAGAAAAAGAGCCCGUUCUUCUGUUUGCGGGCGAACAUACACACAGCAGCUUUUAUUCCACUGUACACGGAGCCUAUUUAAGUGGUAGGACAGCAGCACAAAUUAUCAUGACCGCUGAUCAUUCCGAAGAAAUAAUAGUAGAUUGCGGAGACGCCACUGACUUAAGUUCGUGGGUACAAGGAAUCUGUCUAGAUUGAAAACGCCUUAAAUAGUCUUUCAGUGAGCUAAUAGGAUUGAAGGAUGCUCAGGAGUGAGAUUUUCCGACUUUAUUGUAUUAUAUUUAUUAUUCAUGUAUUAGUAGAAUUACUGGAUAUACAUCGAAUAAUUUUAAAGUAUUGAUCACUUUGGAUGCCACAUUUUUUUAGGUUAAAACUUUGAGUCGGUUUUAACUUGACAUAUCAUCAAUUCAAUAGUUAUACAUGAAAGUAUUACAUUAGAUUUUUUUGGAUAAAACUUAUUGUCAAAAUACCAAAAAAAAUUGCAGUAUUUCCAUCAAAUGGAGGUGUAGACAAAUAUAUUCCUUGUAAUAACUGAACAAUUAUCUAGGAGUUGACGAAUAUGGUGAUACUGGUUAAUCAUUUAAAUUCAUGCCAUGAGACAACUCCAUUAUUUCAGAACUUUUAAUUGCAAUGAAAAGUAGCUUUGAGAGGAAAGUUUAUGGUAAAUAUAUAUAACGCCAUGUUCGUUAUUUUAUCGUAGUUUAUCUUUGCAUGUUUAUAUGUAGCAAAUCAUGUAAGAGGAUAAAACCUUAGAAACACUCCAUCUAUCCCAAUAUAUGGAUCCUUUAUUAACAAUGCAAUGAACUUUAGAUUCAAUAGUCCAGUUAGCCUAUUUCCUCCAAAAACUUGGAAAAAAUACACCAGAGGCAGCUUUAUUGGGGAUACAUAUUUUUUUAUUGCUCUUUUAAGAGUAACAUUGUACAUACGCAAUAUAAAUGGAAUUGAUAGAAGUUAAUUUACAGGAUAUCAAACAUAAGGUAACCAAACCCGUAAGAAUUUUUAGAUUAUUGACUUUAGGGUUAUACACUGUGCCCCAAUUCUUCAGUAUCAACAUCAAUUUUGGAAUUUUUAAUGGAACACCCUAUAUUUUAUUGCGUUUUUUGAUUUAGUAGUAAAAACAAAGGUAACUUUCAGAACACUAUUUGAUUUCCGCACGAUAGAGGAAAUAUUGAACGUUAUUUGAAUUUUUAUUGGAAAAUCAUAUUAUUUGUAAAAUUCCGCAAAAUAAAAAUGAAUUAAAUUUUUGUGAUUUUCGAGACUAGAAUCAUACUGGGUGUCUUUUUUUACUGUAUGAGUUUUGAAGAGCGCACAUCUAAAUAAGAAUAAUUUUUCCCAUUUUUUCCCUAAUUCUAUAUUGAAAAUAAUGUAAAACCACGAUUAUUGCAUUUUUGGAAAAAACUAAAUAGAUAAUUUUAAUAAAAACCAGAAAGCUAUUAAAAUAUCGUACUCUUAAAUAGAUAUUUUUAUUGAGAAUAAUUCAAGGAAUAUCACCUUAUUCGAAAACCAUGCUACAGAAAAAAAACUGUCUUCAAAUAUCAUAUGGUAGACAUAGGUAUCUAAUGGAUUUCUAUUAUUUUGAUAAAAGAGAGCUUGAAAUCAAUGAAGCUUAAAAUGCCCUCAUAAAAAAACAAAAAAUAUUAUAUUUUAGAUGACAGUUAAGGUAGCCGUGUGAAUCAUGUAAUUAGUUGUAGUUUUAUUUUUUGUUUAAUUAGUAAAGGAAAAAGAUUAAAUUUAAAAUACAAUCUAAAAUGAUUUUACAUAGAUAUACAUAAGAAGGAAGGUGAAAUCUUUAUGAAUGCUAUAUCACAAAUAAUAAAAGUUCAGCCCUUGCCUGCCCUAAGAGAAUAUGGAAGACGUUUUCCCAACAACCAAAUUCCAGGAAAAAAAAUAUUUACACGCAUUCUUAAAGACUUGACCGAACAUGGAGUCUUGAAAAGUAACAAAAAUAACGCAACAGACCAAACAUUAUAUUGACGGAAAACCGUCAAUUCGAUAUUUUGUUAUAUUUCCAGGAAAAUUUUGAUAAUUCUUUAAGAAAUGCUAAACGUGACCUAGGAUAUAAGUAGCGUACAUCGUGCAUUAAAAAUUAAUCAGUUUGAGCUCUUAGAUAAUGGACUUACAAUUCAAGAGAUAAAUGUGUGAAAAUGUAUUUUGAAUGGACGAAGUUAUUGCUGGAAUGCAAAAAAAACAGAAAAAAUUGGAAAAACAUGGUUUUUCAGGAAGACAGUGCUCCAUAUCAUUGUGUUAAACUUGUAAUAAAUUAUCUACGUCAGUCCUGAUUUAAUGCCGAUGGAUUUUUUUGUAUGGCACUUCAAAAAAUAAGUUAUACAAAAUUAGAAAUAAUUAUCAAGUGGCAGAACUGAAAGAAAAAAUUCGAAAGGAAAUUAUCUCAAUCAAACUAAUGCAGUACGAGAGACAAUCCGAAGCACCUGCAUUGCAAAAAAUGGGGGAUUCAUAGAAAACAAAUUGUGAAAUGUCGGUCUUUAAAUAUGAUUCGGGUAUUUUAAUUGAGUGUAUUUUAUUCAUUUUCUGCAUAUUAAUACCUUAAAUCUCUCUAGAUGUGAAUAAAAUGUUUCUUUGAAUUAUUGCUAAUAAAAAUAUUUGCUUAAAACUACGAUAUUUUUAUAGCUUUUUGUUUUUGAUAAAUAUUUUCUAUUUAGUUUUUCCCAAAAAUGCAAUACUAAGUGUGUUACAUUAUUUUAAUAUAGAAUGGGCGAAACAAUGAGAAAGAGUCAAAUAAUUCCACAACCAUUAUAUAUAGAUAUAGGCUGAGAAUCGAUAGUGGUGCUGCAGUUCUCCUCGUCUUGUCAAUCAGUAAAGUAAUCGUGGGAACCAUGAUAUUUUCAGUAAGCAGAGUAUCGAUAGAUCUUGAUAAAAGCCUAACAAUUUCUGCCUUGAUUUAAUGGUUGCACUUGGGAAGUGUAUUCAGCGGAAAUGUAGAAGAAUAUUUUUAUGGGCAGCGCAAUUGUCUAAAGAGAGUAAAAUUUGCCACUUUUGUUGUUAACAGUUAAAAAACCAACAUUUGAAAAGCUCUGUAGUUAUUCAAACUUUUGGGUUACAGCAAUAAGCAGUAGGAAACAAAUUGAAACAUUGCGGUUUCAUUGCUUUUCCUUCACUAAUGGUUUCAAUUCAUCCUAAUUUUUCUUUACACUAUCUUUUUCCUCAAGAUAUCCUUUCUCUUUGAAACUCUAUUUCUAUUCUUGACAUUUGUGAGCCAUCCCUCACUUGGUACAAAGUUUGUGAUACUUAAUAUUAAAUUAAUAUUGUAUUUAUACAAUUUUUCAAUUGUUCGAAUUACCAAGUCCUUAAAAGUAUAUAAAUUUUUUGAAAUAUGAAAAGAUAUUUAGGGAACUCUUGAUUAUCCAAAUUAUGGCUGGUUUGAAUUAACAGGAGCCUUAUGUAGGGGAAGGGUGUAUAAAAUGACAUACAUUUUAUAAAACUAGAAAAAUUUAAUCAAAAAAUUGCAUUUUUAAAACGAAUAUUAAACAAAACAUAUAAUAACCCUUUCGCAACAUCUUAGACGAGUCUUUACCUCGAUAAAAUAAAACACAAAUUUUUAGUAAAAAAAAUCAAAAUGAACAAGAAAAA